UCUCGGGUCCAGCAGGGAGGAAUCUCCGUGUGCCGGCUGCUUAGGGACCCCCUAAAGUAAGAAGAGGGGGUGCACAGAGAUCCGCCAGGGGUCAGGCUGCCAUGGGUCCCAGCUCACCCCAGACCUGCCCACUGCCUCCCUCCCAAGGUACAUGCCGGGUCCCCGGGGGGUGAGUGGCACUUGCACCAGUCCGGUGCCCACAGCGGGACCUGAUGCUCUCACUCCGAUGGACGUAAAGCCCCCGACCGAGAGAAUGAAGUAACCGUGAUGGAGCCGGUAUCUGACCCGGGCUCCAGAAUCCGAGCAGCCGCUUCCAGGGGGAGAUCGCUCUUUCUUUGGAUUCUUUUAUAUGUUUCCUGUUGCCUGGAUAUUUCUCAGGGAGCAGCUGAAGAUGUGGACGUUCUUCAGAAGUUGGGCCUCACGGGAAGCAAGCCAUCCAGCCGCCCGGUUCCCAAAGGGGUCAUACCAUUCAAGUCGGGAGUCAUUCUGACACAGCGAGCGCGUAUCGAAGCUCCGAUCUACGCCGUCAUACCGCCCAGCUUAGGAACCAAUCUCACCCUGGUGCUGAGCGUCUGCUCCUACCGCAUUAACGAUGCCUUUUUAUUCGCUGUCCGAAGCAAAAAGAAAAAACUUGAGCUCGGGUUGCAGUUCAUCCCGGGUAAAACUAUAGUGUACGUGGGUCACAAGCAAUCUGUAUAUUUUGAUUACAAUGUCCAUGAUGGCCAGUGGCACAAUAUGGCCAUUGAUAUUCAAGGCCAAAAGGUGACUCUAUAUACUUCUUGUGGGAAGCAAAGAGUUGACGCCAGUCUGCAUGUAAAGAAAGAUGACACUUUGGAUUCUGACGGGGUAUUUAUGCUGGGCAAGCUGAAGCAGCAGACUAUACAAUUUGAAGGUGCUCUAUGCCAGUUUGAUAUUUAUCCUUCCGCCAAGGCAGCUCAUAAUUACUGUAGAUAUCUCAAGAAGCAGUGUAGGCAAGCGGACACCUUCCGGCCGAACCUGCUGCCUGUGAUUCCACUGUUACCCCAGGAAGUCAAGUUGCCUCCAAUCGAAGAGUUAUUGAGAUCUUCAGGUAAUCUUUCCGCCAUUGCUCCUCCGACAGAGUUGAACACCUCGCACUGGACACCCAAGGUUAAGAUUCCUUCUGUGAAGUUCACCACAAGCACUCCGGCCUUACAACCCUCCACGUCUCCACACCUUCCUAAAGCUGACACUCAGCUUUCUUCAAGCUUCUUAACCAGGACUGCCACCGUGGCCCUCAGGAUAGCCGCCUCUGGUACGUCUUCGCCAGAACAGCCUCCACUCUCGGUAUCGAAACCCGGCACGUCACUUGGCCAGAACACUACAAAGAUCAAGAAGGGGCUGUCAGAAAAAACAACCAAGCAGACCACCUACCAAAAAUCAACGACUAGGCCUCCAGCAACUACUGCCUCAUCUAAGCAGGCCAAAAAAAGUAUCGGCAAUCCCAGGAGUACAAAUACCACCACCUCGAAGCAAGCGUUGGAGAAAAGAACUAGUACUCCGACUCCAAAGCAUCUCACUGUGAGCCCCAAGGUCUACUCAACAGCCACUUCAGCACCCUACACAAAACCAGGAUCUGGGUUUCAUCACCCCUCUGCAUCCACCUUUACUAGCCUGCUUGUUACUCAUGAUUACCUGUGGCUUGACCCAACUGCAUUUCCUUACUUGAUGGGACCUCCUGGGCCCAAAGGGGAUCACGGUGCCCCAGGACCACCUGGUCCAUCAGGACUUCCCGGACCACCUGGGAAAAGAGGUCCAAGAGGUCCUCCUGGGCCUCACGGAAAACCUGGUCCACCCGGAUAUUCUGGUCCAAAGGGUCAAAAAGGGGAUCCUGGCCUGUCUCCGGGAAAAUCCAUGAACGGAUUAAAGGGAGACCCUGGAUUGGCUGGGCUAACGGGCGCUCCUGGGUCCCUAGGUCGAAAGGGACAGAAGGGUUAUCCCGGACCGCAAGGUCUUCCUGGUGAACCGGGAGAACGCGGACCUGAAGGAAGUCCAGGGGCCAAAGGUUAUCCUGGCAGGCAGGGAUUACCAGGACCGAUAGGAGCUCCAGGACCGAAGGGAAGUCGGGGUUAUAUUGGCCCUCCAGGAUUAUUCGGGUUACCUGGAGGUGAUGGAGAUCGCGGUUUGCCUGGAGUUCCCGGGAAGAGGGGCACGAUGGGUAGGCCGGGCUUCCCUGGUGACUUUGGAGAGCGAGGUCCCCCAGGACUUGAUGGCAACCCCGGAGAGUUGGGUCCCCCGGGUCCUGCUGGUGUCCCUGGAUUUAUUGGUGACCUGGGUGCUGUGGGACCUAUAGGCUUUAUGGGACCCAAAGGUUUAAAGGGGCUGCCGGGGAACCCAGGAGAAUCUGGACUGAAAGGUGAUAAGGGCGUUCAGGGCCUUCCAGGGAUUCCCGGAGAUAUGGGAUUUCAGGGCGACAAGGGCAGCCAGGGUCUCCCAGGACCACCAGGACAGCGCGGAAAGACAGGGCCUGUGGGUAAACCGGGUGACAAAGGAUUUCCUGGGGUUCCGGGUCCUCCAGGUCCAGAGGGCUUUCCAGGGGACAUUGGACCUCCAGGACAAAAUGGACCGGAAGGAUUAAAGGGAAAGCCAGGAGCCCGAGGUUUCCCGGGGCCCAGAGGACAGCCUGGGCGAGAGGGAGAUGAAGGACCAAUUGGGCCACCAGGAGCUCCCGGUCUGGAGGGGUAUCCGGGCAGAAAGGGAUUCCCAGGGAUUCCUGGAGCUGAAGGACCAAAGGGUGAACCAGGAGACACAGGACGAGCCGGGAAGAUCGGGGAACAGGGUCUUCCAGGAUUUAUUGGUGCUGUGGGGGAGACAGGAAUUUCAGGUGAAAAGGGGGACAGAGGCAGCAUUGGGGCUCCGGGACCUCCAGGAGAGAAGGGAACAUUGGGUCACACUGGUAAUCCUGGACCUCCAGGUGAUCCGGGUCCUCCAGGACCACCGGGUUUGCCUGGAUCACGUGGGUCUCCAGGUGUACGAGGUCCAAAAGGCCGAAGGGGUGCCAGAGGCCCUGAUGGACCAACGGGAGGAGCUGGGCUGCCAGGUACCAAGGGACCUCAAGGACCACAGGGCAAAGAAGGACCAGUUGGGCAACAGGGCAAGAUGGGAGAAAGAGGACCUGUCGGGCCACGUGGUUUUCCAGGUGUAACAGGACCCUCUGGCUCAUCGGGGGAAAAAGGAAUUCCAGGGAACCCGGGACCACCAGGACCUCAAGGACUUGUCGGGGCUUUGGGUGAAAUUGGACAUAAGGGAUCACCAGGGGCAAAGGGAGAACCAGGGCCACCAGGUGAACUAGGAAUGAAGGGAGAUAUUGGUCCAUUGGGAAUACCCGGAGAACAAGGUCUCAUAGGCCAGAGAGGGGAACCAGGCCUCGAAGGGGACAGUGGACAGAUGGGCCCUGAUGGACUGAAGGGUGAAAAAGGCGAGCCGGGGCCUGACGGAGAGAAGGGAGAAAAAGGUGCCAUUGGCUUAAUAGGAAAGGAUGGGCCUCCCGGUUUCAAUGGAAUCCCAGGUGUCAGAGGAGUGGAGGGGAAACCAGGAAAACAAGGAGAAAAAGGCAAGCCAGGACUCAAGGGAAGCAAAGGUAUUCAGGGUCACCUUGGAGAAACCGGUUCUCCGGGUAAACCAGGACCACCAGGAAAUCAAGGGCCCAAAGGAAGUAGAGGCACCCUCGGGCCGGUGGGUUCUCCUGGCAGGAUGGGUGCACAAGGAGAACCAGGAAUUCCCGGCUAUCAGGGACAUGCAGGCCCCCCAGGUCCAGUUGGGCCUCCAGGAGUAAAAGGUGAAAAGGGAGAACAAGGGGAAGAUGGCAAAACGGAAGGUGCCCCUGGUGCUCCUGGAGACAGAGGACCUGUUGGUGACCGUGGAGACCGAGGGGAACCAGGCGACCCAGGAUAUCCUGGUCAAGAAGGACCAGAAGGCCCUAGAGGAAAAGCUGGACAACAAGGCUUACCAGGUCAUGCUGGACCACGAGGUUUUCAAGGCUUAAAGGGAUCCAAAGGCGCUAUAGGUUUAAAAGGCAAGCCAGGAAAAUCGGGAGAACCGGGUGCUCUUGGUCCACCUGGAGCAGUAGGACUGGCCGGACCCCGGGGAGUGGUAGGAAGACAAGGACAAGAGGGUCCCCCAGGACCAGACGGAAUACCAGGGAAAGAUGCCACUUCCGGACUGAGAGGAGAACAAGGCGACGAUGGAGAAUUUGGCCCGGCUGGCAUGCCUGGAAAGCCUGGAAACACUGGUGUGCCAGGGUUACCUGGGGCUCAGGGACCGAUUGGACUCAGGGGAGACAGAGGAUUACCUGGGCAGGUGGGCGUUCCCGGUAGACGUGGCAUGGAAGGUGGCAUGGGUCUACCUGGAGCAAAAGGAGAGCGGGGGACAAAAGGCCAGCCGGGAGACCCUGGGGAAACUGGAUUCCCUGGCGUUGCGGGACUGUUUGGACCAAAGGGACCUCCCGGUGACAUUGGCUAUAAGGGCAUUCAAGGACCUAAAGGACCUCCUGGUCUAAUGGGUAGUGAAGGAGUCAUUGGACCAGUGGGCAUUGUCGGGCCUCCUGGAAACAUGGGCCCAACAGGAGACAGAGGAACACAAGGGGAUUUAGGAAUACCAGGGCCUCGGGGUCCUCCUGGUCCCCGUGGAAAGCCUGGACCACCGGGGCCACCUGUGUUGCUGGACCCAUUUAAGGCAGAAGACUUCAGUGAAUCUUACCAGGUGCUAAUGGACUCCAAUGGACCGUCCUACCGAAGUACUGACUUUAUGUUUGUGGACCAUGGAGGAGAGAUUUUUAAGACCCUACACUACCUCAGUAGCCUUAUCCAAAGUAUAAAAAACCCGCUGGGCACUAAAGACAACCCUGCCCGAAUCUGCAGAGAUCUGAUGAACUGCCAACAAAAGAUGGGAGAUGGCACUUAUUGGAUUGAUCCCAAUGUUGGCUGUUCUUCGGAUACCAUUGAAGUCACCUGUAACUUUACACAAGGUGGCCAGACAUGUCUUAGGCCCGUCACUACAUCCAAGUUGGUUUUUGAAGUCGGCAGAGUUCAGAUGAAUUUUCUCCACCUCUUGAGUUCGGAAGCAGUACAGCACAUAACAAUCCACUGCCUGAAUGUCCCUGUGUGGGGCGCUGUGUCCGACAAACCCUCCCAGAAUGCUGUGCGAUUCAAGGCCUGGAAUGGACAGAUGUUUGCGGCAGGAGGCCAAUAUCAGCCAGAGGUUACUGUGGACGACUGCAGGUUGCAAGAUGGACGUUGGCAUCAAACCAUCUUUACUUUUCGGACACAAGACCCAACUCUGUUACCCAUCAUUGAUGUGUUAAACCUCCCUCCAUCUAGACCUGGCAAGAGCCUGCACUUAGAAGUGGGGGGCGUCUGCUUCUUGUGAAGACUUACGUUGGUUCUGCAUCCAUUGGACCCUGAAUACCCUGAGCGGAUGAAAGGUGCCAAAUGACUUGCAAACAUAGUAAAGCUAACGGCAUUUACCUGCGUCCCCUCCCAAUCCAUUGUUCCAGAUCAGAACUGAAAACGGAGGGGAUACCAGCAUGCCCACCCCACCCCACCCAGCCGUACAAUGGAAUUUGAGAGGACAGGAACAAUCGUUGUCCCCAGAGCUGACACUCAAAGGAAAGGGAUGUUAGCCAAAGGAAUAUGAAAGAUCGGCGGUCUACCAGUCACCUGCCCGAGAGACGACCAACCAAAAUAAGUAAAAAGAUUCCACGUUAUCCUUCCCCCCCCCCCCCCCCCCCUUCUGCCGGGGAGCUGGUAACAGAAGAGCAUUAUGGGUAAUACAGGCAGAAAGCAUUGUGAAGUGCAAUAUAAAAUAAUGUAUAAAAAAAAAAUAAUAAUAUAAAUGUUAUUUAAUGAGAGAAAGUAUAUAAACUCCCACCUUCCAUGGAUCAAGGAAAACAAAAGCUUUUAUGAUGAAGAGACGUGACUGGCUCCACGACGUGAGAGGCGACCGGUGUUACCCCCACUGUGAAAAUCUCUGGUGCUUUGAAGCUUUUUUUUUUUUUCAAUUAAUUAUUUUUAUCUGAAGCUAUUUAAAAUUUCUGAAGGUGCUGAUGCCUUUCCACACACGUCUGUGGAACGACACCCGGCUUUAGUUUUUUUUUUACUUUUUGUAAUGGAAGGAAGUAAUAGAGGCUUCCUGCUGUACAGUCCCCCCUUCACCCCUGAGAGACAUUAUGCGGACAGCUCUCGUAUGAAGUGUCUAAUCUCUGGGAAUCUCUUAUGUUACAGGAAGUCUACAAAGACCAACGCUGCAAAGGUUUACUAUAAUAUAUAUAUAUAUAUAUAUAUAUAUUAUAGUAUUUUAAGGCACUGAGCACUAGAAGCCUCAUAACCACCCCCUUGUAUCCCACCUACCUUUAUAUAAGCAUUGCCUCUAUAGAACCGGGCAUUAUCGUCAUUUGUGGCUAGCUAAGCAUCCAGAGAACUGCUGGUGUAUGCUACAGGUACAAGGACAAUUAUUCAGACACUCAUAUGAGGCUUGUUGGUCACCAUCAGCAGGGUGUACACAGAAUUUAUAACCCCCCUCCCCUAUCAAGACUAAGAGCCUCCACCAUAUACUACCACAAUCUUAUCCUUAUAACAUAUCCUGGAUAAUUUAAAUAAUUGUGGAUGUGUGCGGCCACCACUAGAGGGAGCUAGCUGCUUAUGGAUUUAUACAGUUCUGAAAAGCUCUAUCCAGUCAGCUCCAUCUAGUGGUGGCAGCAGAAGCAAUUCAACGCCAGGCCCCAUGACAGUCCUAUACCUGCCAUGGGGGCUUGGCCUGUACUUGGCUCAUCAAUACAAGAGAGGGAAACCAAGAAGUGAAGUGGAGAGCAAACUGACCUCAUAACAGAAGGUGGACACUUUUUGGCUCCUAUCAUCCCCUGCACCACAACCAUACUGGUAAUCCAACCAGAUACAUAAAUCCACAACUUAUCCACCAACUUUUCCAACAGGCUC